AAAGAUUAUAGCGUCAUCUGGCGUAACAGCAAGAAAAUAAUUGAAGGAUAACGGAAAGGCGUGCUCCACUCUAUGUAUUCGUUGCACGAGCGUUUGUAGCGAGUGUAGCGACGCCUCUUUCUCGGUCUUUUCCGGUUGCAUGGCGGAUUAUAAGAAUGAAGCAGAUAGUCACUAAUCAAACGGUUAAAAUCCCAGAGGGAUUGACUGUUACAGUCAAGUCCCGUCUGGUAACUGUAAAGGGACCGAGAGGUGUAUUGAAAAGAUCCUUCAAACACCUUGCACUCGAUAUUCGUAUGAUCAGCCCGAGGUUAUUGAAAGUGGAAAAAUGGUUCGGUACGAAAAAAGAAUUAGCUGCCGUUCGUACUGUAUGCUCGCAUAUUGAGAAUAUGCUUAAAGGUGUGACGAAGGGCUAUCAGUACAAAAUGCGAGCUGUAUAUGCUCACUUUCCUAUCAACUGUGUGACUACGGAGAACAACACAGUUAUAGAAAUCCGUAAUUUCUUGGGCGAGAAGUACAUACGUCGCGUCAAAAUGGCACCAGGUGUGACUGUUGCCAAUUCGGGUAAACAGAAGGAUGAACUUAUUAUAGAAGGAAACUCCUUAGAGGAUGUAUCUCGGUCAGCUGCCCUUAUUCAACAGUCUACCACGGUAAAAAAUAAAGAUAUUCGUAAAUUUUUGGAUGGACUUUAUGUGUCCGAAAAAACAACAGUUGUACAAGAUGAUGAAUAAAUUCUUCAAUGUAUGACUGAAUAAUAGAAUUUAUACACUUUUAUUCACCCGAUAUUGAAAUAAAUGUAUAUGUUUUUAAUUA